UUAAAAAAAAGGUCACGGGGAGUUUAAAUAGAUCAUCGUUACUGGGAGGGGCUGUGGGCAAACUUGAUGCUGCCACAAAAUAAGCCCGAAGAAGACAAUCUUGCGCAUGCGCACUCGAAAUCUACUCUAAAGAUGGCGGCGCCCGUGGACCUGGAACUAAAAAAGGCAUUCGCCGAGCUACAGCUGAAGAUGAUUGACACACAGCAGAAGGUGAAGCUGGCCGACCUCCAGAUUGAUCAGCUGACUCGAGUUCAGAAACAUGCCAAGCUCACAAGCACAGAGAUCUCCUCGCUGCCGGAAAACACGCGCCUGUACGAGGGCGUCGGCCGAAUGUUCAUUCUUCAGUCCAGGGAGAAGAUCAACAACCUGCUGACAGACAAACAGAAAACCGUGGACGAGAAGAUCAAGGAGCUUGAGCAGAAGAAGGUGUACUUGGAGCGCAGCGUGAAGGAGGCUGAAGACAACAUCAGAGAGAUGCUGCUGUCCAGAAGAGCUCCGUAAUCCGUUUUUUUUCUGUGCCACGUGAUCCCAAUAAAGCCCCUCCCACCCCUCUG